AUGGGAGCGAUCUCGAACGUCAACCACGGGGGCGCGAUUGCCCGCGACAUCCCCCAGGAUGCCUACGCUCAGCCCCUUCAGGCUCGCUCUGAGCCUGAGGAGGUCCGCCGCUCCGGCAUCUCGGCCGAUUCCGCCAUUCAGGCUCGUGGCGGUGACUCGGAAUGCAGCUCUGUGUUCUUCUUCAACGCCCCUCCCGGCUCCCUGAUGGACAAGUACCGCCAGCCUGCCGGUUGUCCGUACGGCAUCGAGAAGUACACCGACGAGCUCCGCCAGAAGGACGUCGACAACGGCUUCAACAUUCCCGAGCCCGAUAGCAAAAACUGGGGCGAAGACAGCGACAUCAGGCUUGUCAACCCUAUCGGAGACAUCUACGACUACAUUCGUGCGAUCAAGAACGGUGAGCUGGUCGACACCUCGCUGGACCCCAAUGUCGUCGGCAACGUCGGCAAAUGGGACCAUGACCCGUCCAAGCAGCCUGGCUCGAAGGUCGGCUCGGGUGUCAAGCCGCAGAUCACCAACUGGAAGGAUCAGGAGGCCAAGGGCUGGAAGCGCGGCGGCGACUUCGGUGGCCACGGCGGCGAUGGCGGCAAGACCGCUCAGGGCGGCAAGCACAUCAACAACGGCGGCUCAUCGUCUUCGUCGUCUUCGUCCUGGUCCACCUCUUGGAGCUACAGCUGGGACUACUCCAAGUCGUUCGACGCCAACUGGAGCGAGUGCUGCAAGCAGUUCGAGUGCUUCAAGGAAAACUCGCACAAGAAGGACGACAGCGGCAACAAGCGCCCCGCUGAAUGCGACCUCGGCUUCGAGAACGGCUUCAAACGCCACCUCUGGUGGGAUUUCACCAAGUCGUUCGACGACAACUGGAAAUUCUGCUGGGGUCUCAAGGCCUGCGAGGACUACUGCAAGCAGCGCAAUGAGCCUGCGCCUGGCAAGGCUCAGCCCGGGCAGAACCCUGACCAGGACAAGGGCAAGGGCCACGGCGAGGACAAGUCCGAGGACGACCGCUGCAAUCAGCUCAACGCUGUCGGAUACCCUCCCGGAUCCGUUGAGGACCGCUACCGCCAGCCUGCUGGCUGCCCCUUCGGUGUGGACAAGAUCCCCGAACAGCAGCAGGAAGCCGAGAAGCAGAAGCAAGAGGCCGAGAAGCAGAAGCAGGAGGCUGAGAAGCAGAAGCAGGAAGGUGGUGGUGACCUUGGCAGCAAGGAAGGCGAGACUUGUGCCCAGUGCCGCCAGAGGCAGGGCAUCGACAAGGAAACUACUCCCGACUGGCGCUUCGGCUGCGCUGGCUGCAUUGACACCGACGACGACAAGGGUACUUGCUGGGGUGACAACUGCGGCAAGGACCACGGCGACAAGGGCAAGCAGGAGGGCGGCGGUGACCUCGGCAGCAAGGAGGGCGAGACCUGCGCCCAGUGCCGCCAGAGGCAGGGCAUCAACAAGGAGACAACGCCCGACUGGCGCUUCGCCUGUUCUGGCUGUGUCGACACCGAUGAGGACAAGGGCACUUGCUGGGGUGACAACUGCGGCGGCAACCCUGGCAAGCCCCCUGUUGGCGGGGGCAAGAACCACGGCGACAAGGGCGGCUGCACCACUGGCACCUGCGGCGGUAUCGACGUCGACAAGGGACACCAGGGCGGCGACAAGGGCGGCUGCUCGACUGGCAAGUGCGGCGGUGGUGUGAUCGACAAGGGCCACGGCGGAGGCGGCUGGGGUGACAAGGGCGGCAAGUCUGAGUCUCACGGCGGAGGCGGCUGGGGAGACAAAGGCGGCGGCAAGGGCUCUUGGGGCGGCAACAAGGGCGGCAAGCACCGCCGCGACGAGCGCUUUAUCGUGAAGCGCGACGAGUCCUCGGCCACCGCCAAAAAGCUCGGCUUUGCCAGCGUCGUCGCUGGCUUCGCCCUCGGCAUUCUUGCUCUCUAA